ACAUGUUACUCAUACUGCUGGGCUCUGUGCUGCUCCUGAAGAGGAGGAUAACAGUUUAUCCUGGUGUUAAAAAGCAGAGCAGGUAGACACACACAGGAAGAGACGAGAGGAAACAUGGUUUUUAUGACUCUGCUCUGUCUGCUCUUACUGUGGCCUGGAUGUGCCGCUCUAUUGACUUCUCCAUUGGACGAGCCUUUUCAUCACUCCACCAGUCAAACAGACAUAGUUUCCUCUCCUGGUUCUUCUCCUGACGCCUCAGAGAUUGUGCGGCUGCGUCGAUCAGCUCUGAUGCCUGAUAUCACACAUCUGGAACUGCUGGUGGUGGUAGGACCUGAUGUCCAGCAGUUCCACAAGCAGGACACAGAACGAUACAUCCUCACCAACCUCAAUAUUGCCUCAGAGCUGCUGAGAGACAUGACACUAGGUGCCAACAUGAGGGUGCACCUGGUCCGCAUGAUCAUCCUGACAGAGCCUGAGCCAGAGAUCCAAAUGUCCCCCAACAUUACCUCAUCUCUCAGAAGUGUGUGUGACUGGGGCCGAAGGAUAAACCCCUUAAAUGAUUCUGACCCUCUACAUGCUGAUCUUCUGUUGUAUAUUACAAGGUACGACCUGGUGCUGCCUGAUGGGAAUAAGCAGGUCAGAGGUGUAGCACAGCUGGGCGGGGCUUGUUCCAGUGAUUGGAGCUGUGUGAUCACAGAGGACACCGGCUUUGACCUCGGGAUCACCAUCACUCAUGAAAUUGGUCACAGUUUGGGAAUCAACCAUGACGGAGUGGGAAACACCUGCAGCAGGAGCGGCUUCAUGAUGGCCUCUGACGGCGGCUACAACAGUGUGGAUCUGACCUGGUCCCCCUGCAGCAGACAGCAGCUGCUCACAUUCUUCAGUGAGGGGAAAGCCGAGUGUGUAAAGGACCUGCCUGCACUGGGAGGCUCCCUACAGGACUGGAAACCUGGUCUCUAUUAUGGAGUUGAUGAUCAGUGCCGGAUAGCUUUUGGAAGCUCUGCCAAAGCCUGCUCCUUCACCAGCUCUGACCUGCCAGCAUGUCGUGCUCUGUCCUGUCACACAAACCCUGAUGAUGACAGCUCCUGCAAACGUCUCCUGGUCCCACUGCUGGACGGGACAGAGUGUGCCCCUAAUCAAUGGUGUCUGAGGGGGCGUUGUGUGUCCUUAGAUGAGCUCAGCUCGUCUGUGGUGGUGCACGGCUCCUGGUCCAGCUGGUCGGAGUUCACCUCCUGCUCACGGACGUGUGGUGGGGGAGUCACUCAUCGGACACGAAAGUGCAAUAACCCUAGACCUGCUUUUGGAGGGAAUGACUGUACGGGGCCAGAUAUUGAGGCUGAACUUUGUCACCAGCAGCCAUGUGAGCGCUCCCAGUUGGAUUUCAUGGCGGAGCAGUGUUCCCAAACAGACCCCCACCCUCUCUACCUGCAACCAAACACAGCCUCCUUCUACACCUGGAUCCCUGCUGUGGGCUUUGCUAAAGGGGAUGAACAGUGCAGAUUCAUGUGCCAGUCUGAGGGAGAAAACUUCAUGGUGAGCCGAGGCUCUCAGUUUGUAGACGGGACUCGCUGUGAGUCCGACAGCCCGCCUCCUUUUGGCUCCACAACUGCUUGUCUAAAAGGGAAAUGCCAGCUGUUUGGCUGUGAUGGUUUGCUGCUCUCUGGGAAAGUGAGGGAUGUGUGUGGAGUGUGUGGUGGAGAUGGAUCGACCUGCAGUUUGACCUCUGACUCCUACACUGGUGGUCAGGCCAGAGAGUACACCAACUUCCUCUCUCUGCCAGUGAACGCCACACAGGUUCAUAUUGUCAACAUGGCACCCCUCUUCACCCACAUGGCUGUAAUAGUUGGGGAUGGGUACAUUGUGUCUGGAAGGGGCAGCAUGGCACUGAAUAUGACCCACCCCUCCCGACUGGAUGAUAACCGCCUGGAGUACCUCCUCCACCUGACCCCUGACCUUUUGCCUGAGAUGGAGGAGCUGUUGCUGCCUGGGCCGCUGCAGGAGGAGAUAAACAUACAGGUUUACCGCAAGUAUGGUAAAGAAUAUGGAGAGAAAACGAAUCCAAACAUUAGCUACCAGUUCUACACACCUGCCAGAAAAAGUGAUUUGACAGACGACACACCUAAAGGGAAAUGGGCUCUCAUCACAACACCCUGCCCUGUCUCCUGUGGGUCAGGUAUACAGAAGCAUGUCUAUGUCUGUGUGGGUGAAGAUACCAACAAGCAGUUGGAGGAGCAAAACUGUGAAUCCCCUUCUCCACCACCACCACCUCACACAACCUGCCAGCUCUCACCCUGUCCCCCCAGGUGGGAAACACGGAUGUUUGGGCCCUGCAGCGCCUCCUGUGGUGGAGGAGAGCGAGUGCGUCCUGUGAGAUGUGUUCAGAGAGACGGAGCUGAUGUGUUAACAGUUCCUGCCUCUGAAUGUGCGACCGAUGCCGCUCCAAAUACUGUUGAAAAAUGUAACCGGCAACACUGUCCUGCAAGAUGGCAUGUGUCAGAGCCUGGUGAAUGUUUAGCAGUGUGCGGGCCAGGAGAAGCAAAACGCAUUGUGUCUUGUGUGCGGCCAGAAGACGGCCAUGAUGUCGAAGUGGACCAGAGUUUUUGUUCAAAGCUGAUCAAACCAUUGGAUUCUGUUCCCUGUGUGGUGGAUGUUUGCCCAAUUGGAUGGGAAUCUACAGGCGAGGAGGAUCGGCCCAUGAUGAAGUCUGGUUUGUUGCCACAUCCCAGACUGGCUCCUGUGUACGUGUGGAGUCCUGAGAUCAGUCAGUGCUCGAAGUCCUGUGAUAACGGAACCCUGCAGGUGUGGUUUUCCUGUGUGGAGCACCAGACCAGACUGGGGGUCCCUGACUUCCACUGUGACUCUUCUUCCAAACCUCCACCUCAUUCUGAGACCUGCAACACAUCCCCUUGCCCUCCAAUGUGGCGCUCUAAGCAAGGAGUCUGCAGUGUAACGUGUGGAGGAGGGGCGGCCAACAGAGUGCAGUACUGUGCUAGAGAAAAAGAAGAAGAGGAGGUAGUGGUGGAGGAUUGGGAGUGCAGUGACUUUCCCAAACCUGCAGCAGUGGUUUCAUGUAACACACACAGCUGUCCAGCAAGGUGGAAGGUAUUCAGGACGUCGCCCUGCUCUGUGUCCUGUGGUCUGGGUGUAGCUCAGAGGACUGUGUCAUGUGUCCAGUUCCUCCACAGUAAAGAGAGUGUGGUGCCGGAGGAGAACUGCCAUGCAGCUGUCAAACCAGCAAUCACAGUGCCCUGCCUGGUGCAGGUCUGCACCUUUAGGUGGGAGGUGAAACCCUGGAGCCAGUGUUCAGUACUCUGUGGGUAUGGGAUCCAGUCCAGAGCUGUCUCCUGCAUGGGCCCCUCUAACCCAGAGCCCCUCAGCCCUCUGUUCUGCAUGCACAUGCCAAAGCCCAUCACUAUCCAGGGCUGCUACAUGGACAGCUGUGGAGACGUGCCGCACACCUCAGAUGUCACCACUGCAGGGCAAACUGAAGAGAAGGCUAACAUUUCAGAGCAGGGCCAACUUCCUUCUCCAAGUCCAACAGAGACCGUCACACAGACCACAACAACCGUCCCAAUGUCUCAACCACGUGCAUGUGGACAGUUGCUCCUGGAAGAAUCGGGCACUGUGGACUUAAGAAACAUAAGCGGUCGCUGUACUGUCUCCAUUGGUCGACCCCUGGAUGAGGUCAUUCAUCUAAAAGUGGAAUCUGGCUCCUUGAACUGCAGGAAAAAGGAGUUUGUUGCAUUUUUUGACCGCCUGGCAUUUGUGAAAAAGUGUGAGCAGGUAGCAGGGAGUGAACUGACCACCAGAACCAACGUCUUGCUGGUGCGUCAAAGUUUGCUCACCUCUGGGAUCGGGGUCAUGUUCACCUACACCUCACGGAAAAACACAAAGAAGAGCCACCAUCAGGACUGUGACAUUCAGCUGUUUUCCCCGAGCGGUGUCUUUGAGAAUCCGACAACGUCCAGCACCAACCACACCUGUCGAGUCCUCAUCAACGCCCCUCCCGCAGUGAAGAUCAGAAUCCAAGCCCUGCACAUAGGAUUAGUAUUCAACGCCACAAACUCCCAAUCUACAUUUAUAAUGAUCCGGGACAGGGAUGUGUUGAAGACAAAUGUGUUCAAAGGCCAGCAGCUGUUUCAGUGGCAUUCGUCUGGAAAUAUGGCAGAGAUUGAAUUUCACGGAGAAUACCUGCGUUCCAAAGGGAGUUUCAGAGCUGAAUAUUCCUUUAUGCUUCUGUGAUACUACAUAGAAACUGUUCAUAGGAGCUUUGACAUUUAUCUUCCACAUUUCUUUAGUCUUACAAUUUUUUUUUAACAGCCUUGAACUUUCAAUAUUGUGAGUAGAAGGAGUUGGAUCAUUUUUGCUGUUUUAAUGGAAAUAAAUAAAAAA